AGAAAACUGAGCCCUAAACAUCCGAGCGGGGCAAGAUCCUCGCAAAAACCGACAAAAACGUAAAUAUCGGCGGCGGAGAAACGUCUGAACCCAGCGAUGGUGGAAACAUUUUCGCGGCAGAUUGAUGUCGUCUCUUCUGAGGGAGGAGAUGCAGAGAAUUUUAUUCCGACCUGCAAAACAGAGGCUGGUGGAGUUUAUUGAGAUUGAGGAGCCGCCGCAUGGAAGACAUUUUCUUUGUGUCUCAGUUGGAAAAAACAAAGUGGUGCAGUUAUGUAUAGUGCAGUGUCAGAUAACUCAGCCAUCCCUUAAAUCUGGAUCCAAGAAGUCCCACACCAAACGCUCCAGCAUACAGGAGUGCUACAGGAGGACAGAGAUCUGGUCCCUGCAAGACCUGACUCUUGUUGACGGACGGGACCCUGAUGUGGAUGACCCCUGUUUCCUGCUGCACUUUGACAAAGUGCGGACGGUGACGGCCAUCAGCUGCUCAGCCAAAUAUGCCUUUGUGCGUGCCCUGGUUGCUCUCAGUGAUCAGCACUGCCAGAGAUCACUGAAACUGCGGAACUUUGACUGGGCCUACAUCAAGCCUACCUCCUUCUACUCCAACAGAGGAGACUGUGUUGUUCUGUCGCAGAUAUGCUUCUAUGCAUUAAAUUUAGUGUGCCUAUCCAUGUGCCCUGUACCGUUGGAUGCAUAAUGGAAUGAAAAAUGAUUGUGUGUCUGCCAAUUAAGGUGUGUGUGUAUUUGUUAGUUGGGAAACUGACACAGAAUUACUGUAAUUUGUGUUGAGUAGGAGGUGUGGAGUAAAUGUAGGCUCAUUGUUGCCUCUGUUACAGUACAAGGCUUUGAUGUGGAGUUAUUCACCAUGAAAUAUCUUUUGCAUUAAUGUCCUGCUGAAUAUAUCGUCUAGUUUCAAGCAGCUUGGUAUUUGUGAACUGCAUAAUCUGCUUUCAUCAUCUUUUGAUUGUUGUCUAUUCUGUGAGCAAAUGUAAAAAAAAAAAAAAAGGGAAUUUCAAAUGGAGACCAAAUAAAACCGUUCCAAACCCCUUGCCUUCCUCCGUAUUUAGCUUCAUCAUGACUUCAUGAUUCAACACUUGAAUAUUUUUGAUCACUUCCAUGGGAGUGUAUUUGUGUUGCUCUUGGCCCUUGUACCUUGUAUCUCACUGUUAUAUUCCCUGUCUCCAGUGGUACCUUAUGCCUUAAAUCAGCACCACACCACUGAGGAGACAAUGAAAUUUGGGGUUUAGCAACUAGGUGGGGAAGUUUACGAUCUGUAAGUAAAAUAAAGUAGCUCAAACCAGUACCUGCCUGUCAAAUAAAUGUAGUGGAGUAAAAAGUGCAAUAUUUGCCUGUGGAGUAGAGGUACCAUAAAAUAGAAAUACUUAAGUAAAGUACCUAAAAUU